AUGUCAGGCCUGGGCGAAACGCGACGUGUAUGCCGUAUUCGUUUGCCAAAGAUUCCCCUGAAUAUGCAAGCAAAUAGGCACGCAAUGGGUGUGUGCUUAGCAGGAGCGCUGUUUGCCGGUGGCUGGUGGCUUUUUUUUGAUGCAUGCAUUCGAUCGGGACGUCUCAACAUGUCGACGCCUGCGCCUUUACCUUCACCAGUGCCGCAACCACGGCCAGGCGAGCCAAUUCCGCAGCCAAAACAUGGUGUAUUUAUCAAGUUCGAUGAUUGGGUGCCAGGACUUUGCGCAACGAUCGGCUUGAGCAUCGUUAAUUUAGUCGACAAGCGACACCUCAUGGAUGAGGACGGCACUGGACAGAUCGGUGCAUGGCAAGACGAUCCUGUCAUGUGGCGAACACGUACGUGGCUCUUUAUUGGCUUUGCUUUCCUGGCAGGGGGUAUCGCUGGGAGUCUAGCGAUCCUGAUCAUCAAGUAUAUGAUGAACCCUGAUGCAGUGGGAUUCGUGGAAUUUGGCGUCGCGGGUGUCCUGCAGAACCUGGCGAUCAUGGCAUGUGCUAUGGUUCUUUGGUUCAGCCAACAUGUAGAAAGCGACUAUGAGUACAACUUGACACUAUAG